AUGGAUAGAUUUUUGGUAUUUCUUAUAGUGCAUGAUGAUUCCUCAGCAGAUCAUGAGGGUGAGAUAUAUUUAGAUUUCAUUCACUGGCAACGAGCUAAUAUGCCAUAUUUUAUGCCCCAAUAUAUCGGAAAUCAUACACAUGUAAUAAUAAGCGAUCGAUCUUGAGCUUUAGCCAGAGCUAAUUAUCUACCCAUCUACAUCUAAGCUUUUGUUGUUUACAGCUGUGCAUUUAUCUCUAGUUACAACAGACUAGUAACAUCGAAGGCAAGAUCAGAUUCCUUUAAGAAGAACGAAAAAUUCACUGAAAUUGGCCUCACUCCUAAAAUGUGGUACCAUAUGGUUCAGUCAGUAGAGGUGUGUAAUUAGUGUCUGGGAAACAUGCCUCUAAUCUUAGAGGCUACAAUUUUUUCAGUCUUCCUUUCUGGAAUGAAAUCAACCACAAUUAACUUAUGAAGAUGAAUUGAUCGCUUGUAUUUGUUCCUCAUCAACCUGUCUGUCAUCAGUUGUCAGUGGACUAGAUGAUGUGAUAAUCUGCAGCCAUCUUUCAUGAGAUAUCAGUGAAAUAUGUAAUCAUAUCUUCCACAAUACAGGGGCUGACUAUUGGUUACCUUCUGGUUGACUGUCACUAGAUCUGUCUGCCAUCUUCCGGCUACUAAUUGUUUUAUGGGUUAAUUGAUGGGCGAAACAUCAGUCCAUAAAUUGACUAGGGUAAUUUAGUAAUACCAACUGAGUUGUUAACGAAAAUUUCUCCACCGUAGAGAGUUUAAAAGGUGACAUUUCGAGUGUUAGCCCUUCAUCAGAGAAAACUCUUUAUAGUGGCCAAUUUACGAUAUCAACUCAGUUGAUAAUACUAAGUUACCUUGUUAUACACUUCUAAAGAUGCAGCACCACAGUUUCUUUGGAAACUUACCCAUUUCAUUCAUUGACAAGUCAUGCCUGAAGGCUACCUAUGAUGUACGUAAUACCCUUAUUGUCCUAUUUCUGCAUGAAUGCAAAAGAACUCCAUAAAAGGUUUCCCCAAGGUUUCCCCAGUUCGUACACAACCUUGAAGAAAUAAUGAUGUUGUGCCUCUCAUUCUUUUGUAUUAGUAUGUGCCCAUUGUAAUGAGGAUGUGGCCCCUGCUGUUCAGGGUGUGGUCGAAGAUCUUAUUGUGGUUUGUGACAAGAAUAAAAAAUCUCUGAAAGAUAUUGAAAGUAUCCAGUGGACAUUGAUUGGUGAGUGUUAUUAAUGAUAUGGAAAAAGAUUAUAUGAUAAUAUGAUGAUUGUGUGUUGUAAAACUAAAAUAAAAACAAUCACAGCAACUAAUGAGAAGAGAGAAAAAUGUUGUAGGGUGCUGAUGAGAAUGUGAAAUAAAAAAAAGCAAUCCACCUGAAGCCUGAAAAAGGUUGAAGGCUGAGUCAGGAUUGGUUAAGAGUUUUACUUUUGAUUGAUAGAGAGACUAGCAAGAAUUUCAUAUGUGGAUCAUAUGCAUAGAGUGUACUGAAGCAAAUCUAAUGCAAUUCUUCAUUUUUUUAACUCUAAGUUGAAAAUUUCUCAAGACAUAACAAUUACCUGUGAGUUGAUUUUAGGAAUUUUAAUGAAUGAGGCCAUGAUGACAACUGGAGUCUCUCUCUUUACUUUAGAUCCUCUUUUAGCUCUCAAGAACUUCAACCCCACAGUUCAUUUCAGCAUCAUUGAGGACAGGCCAUUCAUAGACCAAAUGGAGGUUAAGUUGAUGAAAAAGUAGCUUACAGGCUAAAAUUGCAAUUGUGAUCUUAAGGGUUUUGGGGAAACCUUUAACAUAAGGCCCAGCAUUCAUUUUUAAAGUGACCAGCAUGGUUGGUUUGUUCUGAUUAAAGGCAAGCACCCUUAGUUUAAUCCAGUAACUCUUUACAUCCAUCCUAUCCUACAUGCUGUUCUCUAUACAUUUCUUAAGUUGCUGACAGGUAGAAUUUUUUCAACACUGAAGAAUUUCUUUGGUUGGUUUGUAUGAAAUUGUAAGAUGAUUUGCUUAAUCAGAUCUAUUUCUAAUCUGAUGUAUGUGAUCUUAUUGUAUGGUUUUCAAUGGUAGAUCUGAUUUAUGGCUGAUCUGAUAUGACUUACCUUAUUGUCUAUUUAUUUUAGACUUAUUCAAAGUGGCAUGGAGAGGAAAAUCUUAAGGAAGUUUUGCUGUGGCUUGGAAAGUCUGAUAUGCUCAAAAUUUCAACCAUAAUUAGGUAUCUGCUGGAGAUUUCAACUUUAAUAAUUAUUGUGCUGUAUUUUCUUUGAUCUUGUAACCUUUACAUAUUCUGUGGCUUGUAUAUUUUGUUAAACCUAACUUUCUCUGCCCUCAUUCAUUAUCAUUGUUGGAUUUAGCUUUGUUACAAUUGUAGUUACUGUUGCUUUUUUUUUGUAAAGGAGUUCUCUAGAUAAGGAUGUUGAAAUUUCAGAACGACUUCACAGUCUUGCUGAUGGCUUACCACAAGGUACAUUGACUGUUUUGGCUAGGAAUAGAUAUGAGUUACACAAAGGCAACAAAGGAAUGAUAGAGUCAGUCAUUCAGACAGAGAGACAGACAGAGAGGCAGACAGACAGACAGACAGACUGAUAUACAGGCACUGAUAGACAGGUAGAUAGACAGAGAGAUAGACAGUGAGCAAAAUUAAAGAAUGAAUGGGACAAGAGAACAAGAAGAACAUUGGUUGUGUUGUGAACAAAAAGCUAAAUUAUGUUGCAAAGUGGUACUAAUUUUUUAGUUAGCAUGAUUGAUGUGUACUCAGUAGACACAAAAGGACUCGUGGGGUUUUACACUGUACAACAGUGUUGUUUUUUAAAUGGUUUCUUUUGCGGUAUUUUAGCAGGGGUCCCUGUUGAUGUCUUCUGGUUUAUUUGUGGGAGAGAUGCCCUCCCUGUCAGGUAAUGUAUAUUGUCUACUAUAACUACAUUUGUGUACUACUGCAACUCUUAUGAAUUGCAUCAUUCCCAGUGCUAGCUAAAAAGUUGUGAAGCAGCUUUGUUAUUGUAGUGGGUCACUGACUUUGCAGCAAGGCAAAUAAUUCUUAGCCACCUGAGAUCAUAAGGUAAAUGGUUACUUUACAGAUAGAUAGCAACAUUUACUUCUCACAACUCUCCUUAGUAAUUAUUUAAUGAUAAAAUUAACUUGUGAUCAGAUAUUGUUUUUUAUAAUAAAACUGAGUGCUGUAUGCUGAAUAUGUUCUUUUCAUCAAAGUCUUCGAAAUGUAUGUUAUUAUUUUAUGCUUCAGAUCCCAUAUGCAUCUGUUUGGAGCUUUAAAACGACUUCAACUGUGGCACAAUGCCAACAUCACUGUUCUUCAUAGCAACAAGUUUGACAUGUAAGUUUCUCUUUCUGUUUUGCUCAUAUGGAUAUGAUUCAGUUUCAUUUUGACAUCUGAUUAAUUAAGAGGGUGACACUAGCUUUAUAGAUCAAUGAAUGGAAAAAAGCAAUCUAAGGAAAACCAGAAUUACACUUGCCAUUCAAUUGAAAACUGUUUGCAGGAACUGAGACUGUGCAGGGUUCUCUUUAUAAAGGAACUCAACAAAGGUUGUUACUUCAUACUCUGUGUGUAGUAAUGAAAUUAAUGUAAAAUGAUGAAUUUGUUUAUUUUUGAAGGAGUUCAUUUUUGACGUCGUGGCAAAAGGGUCUGAAGUUGUCCGUCACACCUCUCAACAAAAGUGAUGUAUUGUCCAAAAUAUUUAGUGGUGCUGUUGUUUGGCAAGGUUCUUUGGUCUUCAAUGAGGUACAUUGUUUUGUAAUUAGUUUUCUGCGUGGACUGUUUUUUUUUUUUUAACAUGCCAUACUCUCUUCAUUUCAGUUUUUAUUUAACAGUUUUCUUUUCCAUGUUCAUGUUUUUAGUUCUUAUCUUUCAUAAUUACGCUAGAAUCAAUCAAGAACCAUCUUACCAGGAUUCAAUUUGAGUUGUGAUAGGAGCGAGACCGAAAUUAACUUUGGUUCUUCCCGAAUUCAGCCAAAAAGGUUUGAGUACUCUCCAUUUAUUGCUUAGUGAUUAAAUUUCAAGGCCAGUUGUUUGGAUUUCUUUGUGCUGGUCUUUUUUUGACUCAUAAAUUUGCCUUUCAGCCGGUACUCCGUGAUUAGUAGUAUUUUUCGGUUUGUGCGUCCAUGUUCUUAUGCGUUCGUGCGUUCUUGCGGUCGUACGUGCUUUCGUUUGUUAGUACGUGUGUUCGUUCGCUCAUACGUUUGUGCGUUCGUGCGUUCGUGCAUCCUCGUAGUUUCGUGCGUUCGUGCGUUCGUUUUUCGUACGUUCGCUCGCUCGUUCAUUUAAUUAUUUUUUUUUUACAUUUUGUUACCUUGUUCAUAGGAAGAAGAAAAAUCCCAUGGAUAUUGGGAAACGUCUCUGCAUUGCACCAGAUAUAACUAUUCUCUGUAGAGUUCAGAAGCAUACAGUUCCAUUUCACAUGUUUCUGCCAGUAAGACUGGGAUUGUAUCCUUUAUUUCAUCAAAUUGCAGUCAAAUGUAGUGCAAAUGUUAACUUUGCCAUUUUUCUCCCUUCGCAUCCAAGCCUUAGAUAGGGAGUAACUUUUGAUUUGUCACUGCUUAAAUAACCUGUAUUUGAUCUCCAUCUCCAAAGGCCGUGGAAAUACUAAAACUAAAAACUGACUUAAAAAUUCCCUUAUUGUUCGGUGAUCAUGAUCUCAUUCGGAAAAUGGAAUAAGUUCUGAUGAAAAUUUGACAAAAAUGUUGAUUUCACCUCAUGUUAUGUGAUUUUGAGAACUUCCCAAGUUUUUCCUUUACUGGUUUGUUGUGUUGGUUGCGCAUGCAGAAGCGUCAAUCAAUCUUCUACUAAGCUAUCAUUAAGACUUGUGGAAUGGCUAUCAUUUGAAGAAAAUAAGGUUCGUAUCAUUGUUUGGCAAUAAUCGUACCGAUAUAACGUCGUCACGAUGCGCUCACUGUGCGCUAUGUACUGAUGAAAAGAGCAAAGAGUUGUCGUUGACUUCCUUUCUGCAAUCACAGGCCAUCUUGCCAAUCCGAUUAGCUCUCAGCAAUGCGAUUUAUUGACCAAUCGCACUAUUUUUGCUCUUAUGGCCAAAAAUCUGUAUUAAAACGACAAAUUGUGCGAUUUCAAAUUGGAUAUAAUUAAGUGGCAAUUUAUAUUUGCGUCGUACAAUUUUGGUCCAAAGUUAUAGCUGUAAUUUCAAAUCGGACUCGCGCUUACUUGCAUUCUUUUUAGAAACACGACUCCAAGCAAUACAUACAGAUAAAAACUUUCCUUUUUUUUCAGAAUAUUGCCUUAGUUGGAUCAUUACAGCUUGUUACGUCGUACAAACACUGCACGCAAAGAAAGAAUAGAGAAGCUUGGUUUAACUAUGUCAAAUCUCACAACCCUACAGGUAUGUCUUUAAGCAUAGAAAACGUUCGAUUGAAUUCAUACCACCAAAAGUAGACACACCGGUUGAUUUUCACCUAGAAAUUUAUCACAGCCAGCCAAUGGAAGUUCAGUAUGUAUCAAUUUAAUAUACCUUAAGCGCGGGAAAACGCGUUUGACCAAGCGAAACACAUGCAGCAUUUUAAGGCAACAUCUUGCAACAUUGUUAGAUCGUGUUGUCAAGAGCUGGCCUCACGUGCGCAACAUCUUGCAACUCCCAAAACUAUUGCAACAAAAAAUUGACCAUUUUCAAACUAGAUUCCACACCAUCUGAUAUCUGGUAACAUGUGUGUCAUUUACAUAUACGCCAAACGCGUAUAAAACGUUGUGCGCAAUAUGUAAGAUGUUGGGUUGAAAUAAUGCGUGUGUUUGACCAGGCCUUCCGUCUUCUAUUUGACUGGUCUCAAGGUUGGCCCAUGUUUUAUCGACCUGUAACUGAGCGCAGUGAAGCAAACUAAUGCAAUCCUCGAUUACUUUCGACUCUUUAUCUCAAAUACCCUUGAAGGAACUGUGCGCCACUCAGAAAGACACCAACCACCAGUCUGAAUCCACUGCUUUUUCUGUAUUAGCUUCAGUUACCAACAGACUUGAUGGUAAUACUGGAGAUGAAGAUCUGACAGAGUCUUGCAGGCGGUUGUGUCUCGUAUGCGGUUCUGCUGAAAAAGAAUUGAGCUUAUAUGUUCUGAGAAGACCAGAAGAUCUAAAUGGCUGGAUCCAUAAGGAGCUGUCCUCAAUCCAAUCUUCAUUCCUCAUCUCUAAUGAUCAAAAGGGUAAGAUAUGUGGAAACAUGUCCUUCAAGUACCUAGAAUAAUUUGAAGUAACAGUUGUUCUUUGUUUGUUGGUUUUUGUGGCUUAACUGUUGUUGGAAACAUCGCAAAACAGAAUCAACGUGUUUUGCCUCUCUUUCAUUUUGUGUAGCUUAGGAACCAUAUUGUGUUCUUUUUUUUGUGCCGUGCAGAACCAAAUUCAGAAUAUUAUUUUUGAAACUGAGGAAAUAAACCGAGAAGGAUCUAGGAUGGUUCACCUGAGUAUUGAUGGACCCUGAGUGUUGGUCUGGUCUAAGGAUUGAACUCUCGGCUUUCCGCCCGGUAGUCCUGUACUCUUAGAACGAGCUAACGUACUAACUUGCUCCACUCGCGUUUUCUUUUAAUUCCAAUUAAUUAGAAGAGAGACUCUUUCCCAGGGUGAAUACUAAUUUAAGUGGCUUUUGUUGUAUCAAUUUCAUCUUUUUUGUAGUUGGCGGGCCCUUAAAAUUUCCAGAACUGUCAGAGAGUUUCAUUGAAACGGAACAAAACUUGACUGAAGUUCUCUUGCAAGAGCUGCAAAAGGAGUUGCGUAAGUGUCUGAAGGGUCAGGCCUCACAAAGCAGAAUAGAGCGAAGAAUGUGCUGCCUCAAAUCUUCUUCAUGAGAACGCCUAAAAGUUAGAGCUUACUCUCACUUUAGCCUUUAUGAAAAGGGUCACGUAGGACUGUGAUAAAUUGAAGUCCUUUAUCUCCGACGGUCUUUUUAGGAAGCUAUCAUCAAGUAAUACGCUGAUAAGAUCAUCCCUCGACCAGUGAGUGGAAGUUUAUGUUUCAGGUUUAAAGUGAUCGCAAACUUCCUUGAUUUGUAAUUUUCGUUAUGUCGGUACCCCUAUUAUUUUCUUGGAACGACGGAAUAACCAAAUCAAACUGGUGUGAAAUAAUUUUGACGUGAAAUUCAUUUUAAACGAAUAAUAUAAACAUAUAAUAACAUUUAUUCUUUUUUUUGGCAGAAAAUUCAGAUGAUCUGUUUUCGACUCACUCAGGGUGUAACAUCGUUGAUAAAACAACUUCGACUAAGCGGCAGUUCUUAAAGGAGAAAAGGUAACCGAUGUAUUAGUGUAGAUAACAUUAUGUUUAAAAGGUGACUGUACCAUGCGAUACUCUCACCUGCGCAGCUGAGAUAUUCGAGUCUCGUCUUGUCUUCCUACACUGGCUACACAUGCAGCUGUAAUUUUGAAGCUGUCAUGCCACAUUCCUUUAUCAAGGGCUUCGUGUAGUCCUUUUCCAAACAAGUUGCCUUAAAACUCUAGUUCUGUUUUAUCUCUGUUUGACAGUUUUCCUUAAUUGGAUUCCAAUUCGAAAUGCUAAUUUGAGCCCAAAGUCUAUCUAAAGUAUUUGGAUUUGCAUCCUUUGCUCCUCAAUGUAUGUGAUACAUGAUCACUGCAAAGCAAGAAGAAGUAAGCCAUAAUUUAUUUCGACCAGUUAUCUAGUUAGGUCAACAAGGUUAUUAUGUUGUGGUAUUGCAGACUGGGUUGGAAAGAACAUGAACUGGAACCUGUCGAUAGAAAUGUUUUGCCUCUAGACGUCUCAGGUGAAAAGUGACUUCAUUUGUUUCCGUCGCUCAAAAUGUUGUGUUUAGUUCUGACAAGAGAGGAUGAAGCUAUGAGCCUGAACUCCUCGCGUAAGCGUUAUUCGCAGGGUUACCCUCUCAAGUUAUUUUAGACCAAUGUUUUUUUUGCGAGUUUCGUGAAGGUUUCUGUCUGUGGAGAAUGAACGCAAAGACGCCACAUGUGAUAUCCGCGUAAGCGGGAUUUAUAACAAGGGAUUGGGAACUGAAAGGACUAAAUUCUUAUUGGGUCUCCUAAAAAAGAGGUAAUCUGCACUGAAUUAAACAAUAUUCCUUGAGGAGUAAGGUCUUUUAUGGAGGAUUUAGUCUUAGCUUGAUCGUUUCUCGGUUAUUGCUUGAGCGUGCACUUUCCAAGGGCAUAGCUAGCAUUUUUCAAACGACGGGAGGGACCACACUAUGUAACACUCAGACUACUCAUACCUUACUGUCAUGUCAACAUCCACCCUGUGUUUCACUAAACCAGCUUAAAGCUUUGUUUGCUGAUUUGUAUGAAUCUGAAUGUUUUGUUUUAUUCUUGUCGUGGGAAAUUGGCUUGCUCUCAAUAGUUGUCAUUAUAUUUUUGUGUCACUUUCAUAGAAUUAUCGUUGUCUCCAAGCAAAUGGCCUGAGAGAGCUUGGCUUGUCAAAAAUGAUCCGAAUGCAAGGUAACUUUAAUGAAAAUUAUAUCAUACAAUGUGCAUCUCACUGGCAACUCAUCCUUGCCGUUCUUACCGUUCUUACCGAUUUUGGACUUUUUUUUUUAAUUUAAAGAUGUAUAUGGUGUCUGGAGCGUAUUUCUCUUUCAACAGCUUUCAGAAUAAUUUUGAUGUACCCUUGUCAAAAGACUUUAUCCUAUGUUUGUGUCAUUGUAUAGGGUAAACGAUUCCGUCGCGGACGAGUCAACUAAAAAUUAUCCGUUGUUAGCAUCAGGUAGGUCAUUAUUGUGGCCUUGUCUCUCUUACCCUUAACUAAAAUUGUGUGAGUGCGAUCACCGUAGAGUCUCUGUGGCUCAGUGGUAGAGCAUCGGAGUGCGGAAUCCGAAGGUCUGAGGUUCGAUUCCUCAUGGAGAUUGUUUUCUUUGUCCCACGCUCGUGAAAAGACGAAAAACAUCUUUCUCUAUCUAUAAGAGCUUUUAAGAAUAUCAGGGAACAAUAAUAACUUUAAUUUGAACGUAAUGCUAAGAAAAGUUGCAAGAUUAAUCAAAAAUCAUUUCAAUCGUUAGACUGUUUAAAGCUGCUUUCAACCGAUUGCAUGAAGAAGUGCGUGCAAACGAUAUAUUUUUUACUUUUUUGUAUUUUUAACUUAUUUUUACCAAUUGAAUUUUCCUAACACGCUCGUCCACCUUGACACUUCUUUUACACAUUUUUCUAUUACAUUUCUCAUGUGGUUUUUAGUGUCAUCGCUGAGCAUUUCAGACAUUUUGGAGAAGUUUCGUAGGGAUGGAACACCCGCGAGAAGUGAUCUUGUUCGUCUUGAGCCCAGGGUAAGAUGAUAAGAUAACAUAGGGAGUGUUAAAAAUACCUCGACGCGAAUGGCAAAUAGAAAUAUAUGUGCUGUCUGCCCCUUAGCCGUUUGUGAUAUGGAAAAAUGAGCAUUUUUUGUAAAUUAGAGAUAUUUGUGACUUUUUUUUCGUGUGUGGGAUGUUAAAGAAUCAAAACAAAAACAAUGGCAACCUAAUCCCCCUAGCGCUUCAUCCUUCAACUGCGGAGGGAAAAGCCCUGAAAUCAAGGUUAACGUGCUAAGUUAAUGAAAUGGCAUCUCAACGUAAAUUGGAAAGGCAACGUUCAGGUAUGCGGCAUGACUUACCGCCAUGGAAGGGCUGUGUUACCCCUUGUUAUCAAUUCUCUCUUCUGCAGUUAACUAAUCUAAUUAAUGUAAAUUUCAAUAACAAUUGUUACAACUCUGUGUAUUAGGAGCAGAGCUCAAGUGGUAGGCACGUCCAAAUAGAAAGAGGAAGUAAGUCUUUGCAACGUGUUUAGUUCGUUUGUUAUUUUGUUUUUUCGUGUAAUCGUUUUGCCUUAUUGGGCUGUCUUUGACUAAGAAGUGUCUAUUUAAUGCAUAUUUCGAUUGAGUGACGUUAAAACUAAAACCAAAGUGAUCACAACAGCCAAUCAGAACGAAGGAAAUUAUCACAAGUAGCCAAUGAAACUCAAAGUUUGAACAUGCGAAUUUUCUAAAGCACGGGAUUAAGACGCGAUUAGUGUUAGUUUUGAAUCUGAUUGGUGGAAAAUGUGACGAGAGUUUUGAUGACCAAUCACAAAGCAAAGUAAAGCCAAAGCAAAACCAAAACAAUCCCGGAUUACGUUAGACGCUUAAUUGAAACCACCGCUCCACAGUUGAAGUAGUAAUUCCGCUUUAUGGAUUAUCAAGUCCAUCGCUCAUGAUCGUAAAUUCUUUGAAGGGAUAAACGCCUUAAUGGUGUUGUGCGCGAACAGAACAGGAUACAGUCGUAUUGUGUCACCUGCAGUUCCCGCAUAUGUGAUGGGAAAGCAAUUACAUGUGAACAGCGGUACAGUUUCUUUCCCUUCGUAAGAGAGCGUUAAAUGAAAAUGGUCCGCCUAAAGAGGGAAAGAUGGAUUUCUACACAAUGAACGAGAAGGUAGCAUGGUGGUAAUUGAUUAAAUUUCACAUGUGUUCCACAGGUAUUGAAGAAGUGAGGGGAAAAUGUUACCCAGAAGCCCUUGAGGCAUCAUACCACGGCAUUGAGUAGGUUUCCUUAACCUUUUUACCUCUAAGAGUGACUAGCAUCUAAUUUCUCCCUACAAUAUCACCCCUGAAUCAAACAUUAAGGUCAUGAGAAUAAAGAGAAUGAUCACCAACUAGAGGAGUUCUUGAUUAUUGGAUGAAUUCUCCUUAUCAGCACCAUGAGAAAUGUAUGAAGAACAGUAUGGAGAAUAUGUAAACUGAUGGUUAAACAAAUUCUCCUUGUCAGUGACUUAGGAAAUGUAUGAAGAACAGUAUGGAGAAUAUGUAAACUGAUGGUUAAACAAAUUCUCCUCGUCAGCACCAUGAGAAAUGUAUGGAGAACAGUUUGGAGAAUAUGCAUAUUGAUGUUAGCGUGUAAAAAGGUUAGACGCAGCAUUGAAGGAAAAAUUCAAUUGAACGGAAAAGGCCAUUGCAACGACCAGGUUGCAGUUUUUGUAAAUGUCUUGAGCAUUUGUCCGUUUCGACAUAUUUUGAAGCUUGGAGAUAAAAUAACUUUCUUUGUUAUUGUAAUUGUUGUUUACAUGUUCAUGCCAGAUAUUGCCUGGAUGUCCGUGAAGCCAUAUCCAAAGACCUGCAGCUUUCACGUCUUCAGUCCUCGCUCGUGAAAAACGAGACAUUCUCAUCGUGUGUGCUAACAGAACACAAGACACGGGAAACCCGCUGCACUCGGGCUGUUACCAAUGCAGCGAAAAAGGGCAGCAAAGCUAGUUUGGCGAAGCUCACUGUACCUCUGAGUCGAACAGCGACUAUAAGAAAUGGAAAGAAACCUGCUGCUUUGAUUGGAAGGUUAGAUCAUGGUCUUUAAGAGGUGCUAUGAUCUAUUGGGUGACAGACGCGUAGAUGACGUAACCACUAACACUUUUUAUGCUUCUUUGUCAUAUGAAACGAAUAGAUUCCGUGUUGCCGUGGGUUUGUUUAGAGACAUCACAGAAUACGUCAAAAUGUGGUAAUAACAUUCAGUGACACACUCGCCUGUUCUUCGUGUGCCUCUUGUUUUUACUACAUUUUUGACGUCAUCUGUGAUCUACUACUGGAUAGAAGUGCGAGAACAUGGAAUAUAUUUGAUAAAUAAAGUGCGUGCUGAACUAAUCGUUGUGGUUUUGAAUCAGCUUUGUUUGUUCCCGCUUCAUUCUAGUUCCUCGAGGUCACUGAAGAAGAAGUCACCAGUCAUUGUAAAAGCGCCAACAGUUGCAAAGAAAAGAAAAAGGGAGGAUGCAAAUGUGGAGGGUAUUUUGUUAAGUCUUCAGUUCAUCCAGCCUUAAGUCUCUCUACUAUCUUAUUGUCUGGUUAUCAAAGGUUCAACGACUAUCCCUCCAACGGCUCCGUUUAGGUAUCAAAGCUACAAUAAUUUCAACAUUACGUUGGAGGAAAGGAGAGACAGAAUUAAAAAAUUCCGAAGAAUCAUGAAUUUUAAAUAUAGAUGUUUCUUUCCGUCUAAGGACUUUUGGUCAUGAUUGGGGUUAACAUGAUUUUUUUGUCACUUGAGGCGCAAAGGGUUAAUAAAAAUGUGAAAAAACAGCGGAAACAACAGCCGGGGGGGGGUGAAAAGGUGAGGGGAGGGGGGUAAGUAGUAUUAUUGUUUCUCACAUUGCGUUGCUUCGUAUGUAUUUUAUUGUUAAUUUCUUCCUCUCCGUUUUUGUUCUGUAGAGGGUAAAGCCAGUGAUGAAAAUGAUGUCAAGAAGAAAGAAACUCGUUCAGAGAGACAUAAGAGAGUAAGUAAAAAAAUAAAAUAAGGUUCACGUGGGGAAUUUGAAGUUUGCAUUGAUAAACUGAAUAAUAUUCCUGUCUCCGUUGUGACGCAUCAUCCUCUGGUAUACUGAGAGACUCGGAACGGACGCCAGUUUUGAAUAAGGAGCGGUUCAAAUGUCAUCUAAAUUUCCCUCCUCGUUUUAUUUUUUCUCUUCUCUUUUUUCUUUCUUCUUUAUCUCGCGAUUUUUUUGCGUCUAGCCUUUGGAACUACUGAGUCAAAAUCCGCUACAUACUCAAAAAAUUGUCAUCCUCAGUAGAACCCCGCUCCCAAGAAAAAUGAAAUUUUAUAAAAGUAACCAUAGAAGAAAAAAAAAGAUAUUUUGACCUUUUGGUUGUGCUUCUUUUGUAGCGCCUCCGGCAAGUGGUCCAAAAUACGCUUGAAGGCAACGGAAUCGAUUCUAGUCACCCAUUCUACGAAUCAUGUACAGGAAGAUUAUAUUCCCUGUGUAAAAGUUUCCUCAAGGUAAGGCAUACCGAUGGUAAGGAAUACCGAUGGUAAGGAAAAAAGGUUUGCUAAAGGUACACACCGAUUUAUCCUUUAUUACACAUGUGGACAGUAAUAAGGCUUCAACUUGCUGUUAACGACAGAAUUGUAACCUGCCAAUAAAGCCAUGCAAGUCAAUUGUUAGAGAAGUUACUUUGGUUUUGGUUGUACGACACUACUUCGAAUAGUGCUCUAAGCGAAGAUUGGAGGGGGGAGGGGGUGUCCCUCAUAGGCUGUUGUGUUGCUAUGAUAACCUUCAUGCACCCCCUCUCCAAAAAAAAAAGGCAAAACAAAACAAAAAAGUACUCAAUACUAGUUGAGUCAUAAUUGAACAUUUGCACGUUACAAUUUGUAGAUAAGGAGCGAAGAAGUAUAGAGGGUGGACUUUUCAAAUGAUUAAUUUUCAAAGAAAAGAAACUCAAAGGAUUUUUUAUUCGUACAGGAUCUCCGUUCGUCUCAUGGUCUAAACGACGAAAUGAAAAGACUAGCCAAGAGUAACGUCCAACAGGUAUUAACAUAGAAGGGAACAUUCAUUUAUUUAAAUGCCCGCAAUGUGAGCUCAGUCCUCACAGUCGGGCGCAGACAGUUACAAGUUUUGUAUGAGCUUCAGUGUAGCUUUACUUGAGUUCCAGCGCAAUCCUUAAAACAUUUGAUUUCCUUUGAGCAAGCAAUUCUGAAUCACUUGUUGGGAACGCCCUGGUGAGGAAAUUGAGCACCUUUGGGAAAUAAAUUUCUGGAGGUAAUUUUAUAUCGCAUUGGCAAGACCAGUUUGGACGCGCAAUCUGGGACACACCUUAGAUGCCUUGUUCGGAAUUUAUUCUAAGAUGGCACCUCGUGUUCCUCUUUGGGAUCGCCUUUCGGGAGGACGCUCUGAGAACGACGUUCGAAACACUUCAGUAAAGUAUUUCGGGCAGAAAUUGGGGAGUCUCUUUCGGAAAGGAUAUGAGGAUAAUCUUCAUUCAAGCAUUCUCUUUGUUCAAAUUUAAUUUUUUUUUCUGUUGUCAGGUAAUAGAGUUUGAAACGAAAAGGAAAUCAGCAGCGCAAACGACUUGAUAAAGAAACAGCUGUGAAAUCAUUGCUUUAUUUCGCUACUGUUCAGUUUAUACUAUUGAUCAGAAGAAAAUUAAUAUAAAAUGUUUGUUCCUAUGUAUUAAUUCUGUGUCAAUAAAAUAAGCCUAUUGUCUCGUAACUUUUUUUAAAGUUAAUGAUGAGAUGUCUUGAUCUUCUAUAAAACAAAACAGUGGCACUUCUUACCAAAUCCUUAUAUUUGCUGAUG